GUACAUACCAGCAAUAUAACUACAACAUUCACUCCCUGCAAUAACAGCAGUAUCAAUAAAUCACCACUAUGGAUUCAAUCCAACAGUCAUUAGACAGCAUGACAACUAUGUUCACCACACGGAUGGCUGAAUUUGAAAACACUUUGAAGGGUAACAAAGCGGCACCAGCUUGCAAUGCAAACAGCUUGGCAUCAGAAUUUUCCGAAUUUCGGAAUUUUGUUCUGUCUACCUUGAAACAUCUUCAUGCUCAAGUCAACCUUCUCUUCAAAUUAUAUGAUCAUCAGGAAACUAGAAGUAGAAAGAAAAUACUCUUAAUACAUGGGUUGCCUGAAGAAAAUCAAGAGGAUACAUCUGAGUUACUGGUGCAGUUUGUUCGUUCAAAUCUUAAAAUCCCUGACUUCAGCACAAAUAACAUAAACAGAUGCCAUCGCAUUGGUCGCACAGGUUUGGACAAACCAAGGCCUAUUCUUGUAAAGCUAAGUGAUUUAUCUACUAAAAAUAAACUCUGGUACGGUAAAACUGCUUUAAAAUCUACUGGAAUUACAAUCUCAGAAUUCCUCACCAAGCAGCGGCACGAAGCAUUCGUUGCUGCUCGUAAACAGUUUGGGAUUAAUAAAUGCUGGACUAGAGAUGGCUUUGUGAUUGUGUUAGAUUCCAAAGGUGUGAAGCGGCAAGUAACUUGUUUAUCUGAUCUGAAUGCCAUUCCUCAAACCAACUCGGAGGUGGAGUCUGAUCUGACUUCACAAGCUAGUGGUGGUGUCAAAGAAGCCCAUGUUACACAGAAUGCCAGACCUAAACGAUGCACUAAGAAACAAUAAGCGGCAUAUUUUGUAUGUAUUUCUCUUUUUAUUAACUAUUUGUCCUCCGUCUGUGUUUUGUGUGUUAUUAAUUCUUGCUUUCUGUUAUUACCUAUAUGUUUGUAACAAUUCACUGGUUUUCAAAAUCAAUUCAUCCUGCCUGCCUAUGUGCCUUUUGUCUCCAGUGUAUGUUUUGUAUGUUGUUAUGUGGUUAUAAUAUUCAUAUUAAAUCACUUUGCGGUUAUUGGUUAACAUAUUUAGUAGUCACCCACGCUUAAUAUAAUAAAAGUUAAUGUCAAUUGUGAGUACCGUCGUUUUGUAAUUAUUGUUAUGCAUUUUUUGUAAUAUCUAGUUUCAAAAAUAUUGACAAAACUCUGUAA